UUUAACAACGGAGAUGAGAAGAAAAUGAGCACCCGCGAUAGAACGAAGCUGGGUUCAUUGAACGGCUUGGUCACGGUUCUUCGGAGUCGUGGAUUUUUCUCCUUCUUGUCUUCGAAGUUUCUCAUCGGUUCUUUCCUCUGAUCGAAGAAUUAUAAAGUGAUAUCGCUUUGCUUGAGAUUUUACGAUCGGUUUGAGUGAUCGAUCGUGUGAUUGGAGAUCUCGGAAUCUGGAGUAAAAAAGCUACCAGUGUUUUCCCAAAAAAAAAAAAAAAGCUACCAGAACCAGCAAGAGGAAGAAGAUGGCUGAGGAACAGCGAUGCCAGGAAGGACACCGCCUCUGUACCAACAACUGCGGGUUCCUAGGUUCACCCGCAACCAUGGAUCUAUGCUCUAAGUGCUAUCGUGACCUUCGCCUCAAGGAGCAACAAGCCGCCUCCGCCAAAAUAGCCGUUGAGAAAUCCCUAAUCUCCCCCUCCCUAAGCCCCUCCCCUCUCGCCACCGCAGCCGUUCCUGACUCUCCCUUAUCCUCUCUUCCCGAGUCCUCUGGCGACUCGGCAGCUGAUCGUUCAUCCGCUACGCCGGGCAGGUGUACGGAGUGCAGGAAGAGGGUGGGGUUGACAGGUUUCCGGUGCCGUUGCGGGAUGACGUUCUGUGGACCUCACCGUUACCCGGAGAAACAUGGCUGCUCCUUCGACUAUAAGGCCGCCGGCCGUGAGGCCAUCGCCCGAGCCAACCCAGUCGUCAAGGCUGCCAAGAUCCAUAAGAUUUGAGUGUGAUUGGCUGAUUACUGAUACUCCAUUACUGUACUUGGCCUCUGCUCGUGAGCUCGGCGAUGAUGUGGUCAACUCCAGCGGCUGUGAUCUAGGGUUUGUGAUCGUUCGACGGUGUUCUUGUCUUUAGUUUUUUUAGAAUUCUGUUUCCUUUCACACUUUUUUUUUUUUUUUUGCACUUUCUGCUUUUUUUCUAUUUUGUUGUAAAAAAAAAUGUUGUCUAUUUUCCUUUU